GCAUUCACAGAUGAACUACAUGUGUAUUGAGCUUGCGUUGUGCAUGUGAUUAUGGGGAUCUGAAAGAAGUGAUGUGUGAUUACAUAUGCAUUCACUGUUAUAAACUGAGGUGAAAUAAGAAGGAAUAAAAUGACAUCGAAAGAAAGAUAUGUGCCAAGAGUUACACAAUUGGAUGCAGUAGAAUUAGAUAAAGAAAUUGUCAGCAUUCUAAAAAACCAAGUUAUAAAUGUUACUAAAUUUAUGACAAUUGGAUUUCUCAGUAGAUGGGAUCCAGAAGUUGAUGUAUUAUUGAGAUUAAUUAUUUGGAAGCUUUCUGUGAAUAAAAUAUGUGGUACCUUUGGUCAGCAGUUGUUGAGUGUCAGAUAUGGAAGAGAAUUUAACAAAAAUAAAGCAUACCUUCUUGCUGUUCUAACAAUUGGAUCUAAGUAUUUGAAGCAGCGUUCUCAUGAAAUAGCAAGUGCUACAAGAAAUCCUAGUAUGUCUGAGAAGGUAAAAUUACUGUUUCAGUGGGCAGAUAAAACUAUUCAAGUGGCAAGUUUGGUAAAUUUAUUGAUGUUUCUGUCAGAAGGCAAACACCCAACUUUAGCAGAUCGAAUUCUUGGACUUCAACCUGUUUCUUUAGCACCUUCAGGUCAGAGUCGUACUGUGGGUUAUAGUUAUAUGACACGAGAACUUCUGUGGCAUGGAUUCAUUGAGCUUCUUAUUUUUGCUGUGCCACUUGUCAAUUACCACGCUUUGAAACGAAGAGCAAGUAAUUUAUUUUUAUGGCGAAAGAAAGACAAUGACAAUAGAGGUGUAACUUUUACUAAAUGUGCAGAAUGUAAUGAGACACCAGUUCUUCCACAUCAUAUGGGAUGUAGUCAUAUAUUUUGCUUCUACUGCAUUAAGGCAAACCACCUUGCAGAUGAAAAGUAUGAAUGCCCACUUUGUGGAUUUACUGCUGAUGAUGCUACAUCUGUUAUACCUCUUCAUUUGUAAAACUGAGCAAUAAAUGGUGAUUGGUUGAGUACAUA